AAUAAAAAAUUAUACUUUUCAGAGGCGGAGCUCUUGGAAAAUUGGAAAUAAUCGUAUUUACAUUAGCAUACUGGAUUAGGUAAUUCUGGAUAAGCUUUGCUGUUAUGUUCGGCUUUUGCUCUUUAUUUUCCUUGACAGCCGCAGCUUGGAAAUUCCUUCUCCUUUCACACAUCCUCCCUCUCUCUCUUUCCAUCCUCCUCUUAAAGGGAUUAUUAUAUAUAACAUCCUACUCCUUAUUCCCUCCCUCAAUCUCAAUCUUCCUCUCAAAGCAAUCUCUCGUCAUCCAAUUAAUAUUAUCCAGUUCUGAGUUUUGAAAAUGGUCGAUCUGGACUGGAAAUCGGAGAUGGUAUCCUCAGGUAUCUCCUCUCCCAAACUGUCCAACAAGCCACGUGUUUCAGUCCCAUCUCCGAUUCGCGCCGCCGAUAUUUCACCUGCUUCUGCCUCUUCCUGCUCCGCUUACGACCACUACUUUCGUCUCCCAGAGCUCUCGAAGCUCUGGACCUCCAGAGGCUUCCCCAACUGGAACAACGAACCACUUAUCAAACCAGCGUUGCAAGCCUUGGAAAUCACGUUUCGCCUUAUAUCGGUGGUGCAAGCCGACCCACGACCGUACGUGAAUGGCCACGAGUGGAGGCGCCGCCUCGAGUCACUUACUUCCACCCAGAUCGAGAUUAUCGCUCUCCUUUUAGAAGAUGGAGAAGAGGCCGCCGACACACGUGGAACUGUUCCGAUCGUCGAUCUCAGCACAUCCAACGGUGUUUUAGCCAGAGAUGGGAGCUCGGCCGAGGUGUGGAAGAUUCACGGAGAGACAACCGUUGUAAGUCGGACCAGCGAGGGUAGCUUGCUCCCUCGGCUUGGCACGUGGCAAAAAACUGAAGUCAUGGCUGAGAAGAUCCUCUUCUCCAUCGAGUGCGCAUUGCGGAGGUGCCCAUUCACGUUGGGUUUGGGAGAACCCAACCUCGCCGGCAAACCUCUGCUCGAAUACGACCUAAUCUGUAGACCGUCCGAUCUCCAUUCGCUAAAGAAAAGCCCAUCCGAUUCCGAUCAAAGGACCCUCGGGAACUAUGAGAACCAGGCGCUCUUCACCACGCAUCAGAUAUUGGAAUCGUGGAUACACGCGUCACGGGAGCUUCACGCACGGAUCGGAAAAAGGAUCGAUGGCCAAGAAUUCGAAAAAGCAGCGAGCGAUUGUUGGCUACUAGAGCGAAUCUGGAAACUUCUGGCAGAGAUCGAAGAUCUCCUCCUUAUGGUGGACCCGGACGAUUUUCUCCGACUCAAGAGUCAACUCGCGAUUAAAGCAAACUCGGAAUCGGAAGCUUUCUGCUUUAGAUCCAAGGGAUUGAUUGAAAUCACGAGAGCUUCGAAGGAUCUGAAGCACAAGGUCCCAAAAAUUUUAGGCGUGGAAGUGGACCCAAAAGGAGGGCCGAGAAUUCAAGAAGCAGCCAUGAAGGUCUACCAUGGCCACGGGAAUGAAGAUGUCGGGAGAAUUCACCUACUACAGGCGUUGCAAUCAAUCGAAUCGGCUUUAAAGUUGUUCUUCUUCUCGUAUCGACAACUUAUCAUGAUAGUGAUGGGAAGCUUGGAAGUGAAGGGGAACAGAGGAGUGGUCUCUGCGGAAUCUAGCGAUGCGUUGAUGCAGAUCUUCUUGGAACCAACAUACUUCCCGAGUUUGGAUGCGGCAAAGACUUUUCUAGGGGAUUUUUGGCAUUACAAGACUGGAAUGACGAGUUCGAAUGGAUCGAAUCGGAGAGUUCGGACGAAACAUUAAUAGAGACAUUGGAAGAUGCAGAGAAGCAGUUCCAGAGAUGAUGAUUACAAACAGUUAAAUAGAAAAUUCUUAAUUAUUUUGUGGGUUAUACUUAUUGAGAUAAACUAAUCGAUAUUGUAUUUAGAAAUUCUGUAAAAUCAAUUCUAUUCAAAUGAAUUCUUUUCCAUUCAAUAACUA